UUGUUGCAACGAAUAUAUAUAUAGGCCACCAUGAGUGACAACAUUAGACAACCAAAGAAGUGAUUUCAAAACUAUUUUGCGUGGACUUAAACCGUCACCAUGGUGGAGUGGACAGACGCAGAGCGCAGCGCCAUCACCACUCUGUGGUCCCAAAUCGACGUUGCGGAAAUCGGAGCCCAGGCUCUGUCCAGGCUUCUGAUUGUGUACCCGUGGACACAGAGACACUUUUCAACUUUUGGCAACCUGUCCAACUCCGCUGCCAUCAUCGGAAAUGCUAAGGUGGCCCAGCACGGGAAGACAGUGAUGGGUGGGCUGGAGGCUGCCGUGAAGAACAUGGACAACAUCAAGAAGGCGUACGCCGCUCUGAGCGUUAUGCACUCCGAGAAGCUCCACGUGGAUCCCGACAACUUCAGGGCUCUGGCUGAAUGCAUCUCGGUGGUUGUGGCUGCCAAGUUUGGCCCCAGCGUCUUCACUCCCGGCUUUCAGGAGGCCUGGCAGAAGUUUCUGGCUGUGGUGGUCUCCGCCCUGGGCAGACAGUACCACUGAGGAGCAGGGACACCAAGCAGAUGUGCAGCAGUCAUCCAGCUGUUCUCAGAACAACUCCCCACCAUUCAAUGAAAUUACUCCAAUAAAAUCCUAAAUAUGC